GAUUGCUUGUUCACCCUUUUGUAAACACUCUGUUACUCAGAAGUCACUUGCUGGAAUUUCCUCCUCAGCAGCAGCAUAAGAGCACUGGGGGAUCCUAAUCAAUCGAAGCUGCUCUGUUGAGCUCACAUAUGGUUCUCGAUUUCCACCUUAAUUCGAUCUGGUUACCAUUUGCAACAAAAAGGUAGUUGAACAAAAUAUGCCUUUUCCGACAAGACCAACAGAAUGGCCGCCGUCGAAUUAUAUCAACCCGCCUACCAGAGGUUCGCCCUCAUUGUUCAUUGUCACUAUGAUUAUGUCGACUAUCGUGGUCCUUCUUCGAGUGUAUUCCCGGCGGUUUUUGACAAAAUGUUUCGGUCUAGAUGACGCUUUCCUUGUAGCAGGCUGGUUUUUAUCACUCGGGAUGACUUUUGCUGAGAUCAAAGCCAUGACAACCUGGGGUUGGAACAAGCACAUAUGGGACAUCAGACCCGACAAACUGCCCGAUCUUAGACUCGCUGCCUGGCUCAUCGAGUUUUUCUUCCUUCUCGGCAACGCCUGUACAAAGAUUUCGAUCCUUCUCUUCUACAGGAGAAUCACCUCCGGCCUCCCGGGGUUCUGGUUUUUGUAUCUGGCUUGGGCCGCCAUUGCGUUCACGGUACUUUAUACUCUUGGCUUGCUGAUCGAGCUGUUUGUCAUUUGCCGGCCCCUAAAGUCCUAUUGGGAAUCCUACAAUCCACUAUAUACCAAUAAAUACACUUGCGGUAACGAACACAUCCCAUUCAUAUUCAGUGCGGCAGCUUCGGUCACGUCCGACAUCUAUUCUUCAGUUCUGCCAAUGAUGCUUGCUCGCACCUUGCACAUGACGCGGAAACGGCGCUUCAGCAUCUAUGCCCUGUUUUCAGCUGGCCUCUUGACGGCGGGGACUGGAAUAGCUCGGCUCAUAGUCUUCAUUCCCGUUACGACAAAUUACAAGAUUGGACCUCACACCCAUGAUGUGUCCUGGCUGGGCUGGCCGCUCCUGGCCCUCACCGAUAUCGAAGCACAUCUGGCCAUUAUCAUCGCAUCCUUGCCCGCACUGAAGGUUUUCUUCAGACGCCGAUUAUCCGGUCCGCUGAGAAGAAUCAGCGGAUCCAUACGAACGACGCCGCAUUCGAGCCGAACAUCCUCUGGAGCAACGACACUCCGACCCGGUCAUCACGUCAUCGAGCAUCAUGUGCACCAGCAAGUCCCUCCGUUCUGGUUUACCAAGCAACCUGUACGGGAUGAGAUCACUCUGUGUGAUGCCGGUGGUACGAUGAGAGAAUUUGAAGACGACCAACCUCCGGGUCAUGGUAACGACGAACUAACCGGUCGUCGGGGUGCUCCUGCAAUCCCGCACUAUAUUGAUGUGGUGGAGGCUGCAGGGAUUCAGCGACCUGCCAACGCGCACACCUUUAUCGCGGAUCGAUGA